CCUUGCGAGUCCAAAUUUGAGCAGCUGCCGCCCCCACCCAACUACUUGUACCAAGCCUUGACUAUGUGGAGCCCUGGGCUGCCCGCACAGACCCAGAGGGGGGAAAAACGGGAAAGGGGGCUUAGCUCGGUGACCUGUCUCCCUCCGGAGCUUGAUUGCCCUGCGCAUCACCCCAGAGGGAAGGUGAAAGGGAAGUCCUUUGAUGCAAGAACCUGGGCGACCCCACAGGUUCCAGCCGUCCACACCGGCUGAGCCACGCCUCGUCUGGGAGAAGAAAUAAGGAUUCCUUGGCUGCAGCCGGGCAUCAUAGCCUGAGUUCUCCCGCGCAGUAGGAUCGCUACACUAGCGUCCUGGGUUCCCUGGCCCCACCCGGGACCUGCGCGACAGCUUCCGCCACACUCAUCAUGGCGGCGACCUCAGACUACGUCACUUCCGCCCACAACCGGAAGUACAGAGCACCCGAACAUGGCGGCCUCGAAGGUGAAGCAGGACAUGCCCCCUCCUGGUGGCUACGGCCCCAUCGACUACAAACGGAACCUUCCGCGUCGGGGACUGUCGGGCUACAGCAUGUUCGCUGUGGGCAUUGGGGCCAUGAUCUUUGGGCACUGGAGCAUGAUGAAGUGGAAUCGUGAACGCAGGCGCUUGCAGAUCGAGGACUUUGAGGCCCGCAUCGCACUGAUGCCGCUGUUGCAGGCAGAGAAGGACCGAAGGAUCCUGCAGAUGCUUCGGGAGAACCUGGAGGAGGAGGCCAUCAUCAUGAAGGAUGUGCCCGACUGGAAGGUGGGCGAGUCUGUGUUCCACACAAAGCGCUGGGUGCCCCCUGUACUGGGUGAGCUGUAUGGACUGCGCACGAAUGAGGAGGCUGUCAACGCCGCCUAUGGCUUCGUCUGGUACACGUAGGAAGUGCCACUGGACCUCGCCCCCGCCCAUGGAGUGAAUAAAUGUUCUGGAGACCUGCCUG